GGAAAACAUAAGAAUUUAGUGCCUACUCCCUGAGACUGCGGUCACCGAGCUCAGCGAAAUGCCUGCGGAACAGCCACAGAUGCAGGGAGAGGAAGAAAACAAGGAUUUUAACAACAAAUUCACUAAACCCCCACUGCCUUAGAAAGCGAAAUUGGUGAUGAAUUCCAAUCGUUAACCUGCAGAGUGUGAUAUGAGUGAAAAUGAGCCCCCCUUUUUUUUUCUUUUCUUUUUCUUUUUAGCAGAGCUAAGGACUAAGAUAUAGAUAGAGCCUGUUGCGGUAGCCAGUUCCCUCCCCGCUCGAUUUCCCAUCUCUUUCUCUUACGUACACACACGGUCAAACGCCCUCACACACGUACACACCGCGGGUAAAUAUUUAUACACUGCCACAUCGAAGAAAUCCAUGCACAUUUUCCAGCUAAUAAACUCGCGCGCGCACACGUACUUCGCGGGCAGCCACGUCUUCAGUCCCUCACCGACCGAUACAGACAUUUACACACAUAGGCCAGGAAAGAGGUAACCGCGGCCCUGUGCCUCCACGCAGGUUCCCAGGACACGCCUUUUACAUUGUUACUGAACCGAUCAGCGAACACAGACAAACCUGCCAACACUUAAAUCUACUCGCUGGAUUUCAUCUCCAUGGCAACAAGCAUGGAAGGCCAAGAGGUGACUCCAGCAGGAAUUUUGAAGAGCCAAAAUGAUGUGACAGUGAAUAAUGAGUAGUCCCUAUUGUGGCAACUCUUCAGCUAAGAUGAGUGUCAAUGAAGUGUCAGCUUUCUCAUUGACUAUGGAGCAAAAAACUGGCUUCGCUUUUGUUGGGAUUUUGUGUAUCUUCUUGGGACUUCUUAUUAUCAGAUGCUUCAAGAUCCUGUUAGACCCGUAUAGUAGCAUGCCUUCCUCUACAUGGGAAAAUGAAGUUGAAGAGUUUGAUAAAGGGACAUUUGAAUACGCACUUGCCUGAGUGUCCCAGCUUUGCAGUUUUUAGAGUUAUAUCAGAGGGGCACAGGAUGGACACAACUGUAAUUUCCUUCGGCAUGCUGGAAGAGGCUCAUUUUAUUCACUGAAUUCAAUAAACAUGUGAGGUUA